ACCGGACGGAGGGAAUGCUGAGCACCAGGCAUGCCAGACAUUCCACCGGCUAAAAAAAGUAGGGGUGGUAUUCUACGGUUAGCUUUGCUGGACCGUAAAUGCCGAAACUCCUUAGAUAUAAAGCUUAUUCCACCCAACCGUUUCCAAAUUUUCCUCCAGGCUGUCCUAGGAGAAUUCCACCCUCCUUCAAUCUGGGGAGAAGUUAAAAUUAGGGCCAGCCCUGCGGGACUGACAUGCCAGAUGCAGGGAAGCUGUCCCCAGAAAUAAGCGAGUUCCCACCGCGGCUGGGCGGGGCGGGCGCCUCCGGUCCCAAUCCAGCGGAGGGACUCCUGGAAGGCCUGCCCCUUCCAAGUGUCUGCAAGGGCUCUGGUCCCAAGCUUUAAAAUCCUGAGCGAAGGCAGUGUUGGCCGACCUCUCCUUUCCCAGCCAGUUGUGGCUGGCCUUUCAAAGUGUGCAGUUGUCUCCUCCCUGUCCAGCCCCACCGUCGCCCAGGACCAGCUGGGCCGCGGUCUGACCUGAGGCUGCUGCUCAGCGCCGGGGCGCUGGCGCUCUCCAUUCGGGCACCUUCCAGCAAACCACUCAGCUCCGGGAGCCGUUCUGCAAAGUUGGGCAGCUCAGAGCACAAGCUUUACCUCUCGACUUCUCCCUUCCCGGGUCUCCGGCGCCCCUGCCUCCCACGAUCCCUUUCACUAGGAGCAGCCUGUCCCAGGGGGCUGGCAACUUGCACCUCUUCCUAGUCAUCCUCCCUGAAACGCGACCAUGCUGUUAAGGGCCGUCCUCCUGGCGUUGCAAGCCCUGCAGCUCGCCGGUGCCCUCGACCUGCCCGCUGGGUCCUGCGCCUUUGAAGAGAGCACUUGCAGCUUUGACUCCGUGUUGGCCUUUCUGCCGUGGAUUUUAAAUGAGGAAGGUCAUUACAUUUACGUGGAUACCUCCUUUGGCAAGCAGGGCGAGAAAGCUGUGCUGCUAAGUUCUGACUUACAGGCUGAGGAAUGGAGCUGCCUCCGCUUGGUCUACCAGAUAACCACAUCUUCAGAAUCUCUGUCAGAUCCCAGCCAGCUGAACCUCUAUAUGAGAUUUGAAGAUGAAAGCUUUGAUCGCUUGCUUUGGUCAGCUAAGGAACCUUCAGACAGCUGGCUCAUAGCCAGCUUGGAUUUGCAAAACAGUUCCAAGAAAUUCAAGAUUUUAAUAGAAGGUGUACUAGGACAGGGAAACACAGCCAGCAUUGCACUGUUUGAAAUCAAGAUGACAACCGGCUACUGUAUUGAAUGUGACUUUGAAGAAAAUCAUCUCUGUGGCUUUGUGAACCGCUGGAAUCCCAACGUGAACUGGUUUGUUGGAGGAGGAAGUAUUCGGAAUGUCCAUUCCAUUCUCCCACAGGAUCACACCUUCAAGAGUGAACUGGGCCACUACAUGUACGUGGACUCGGUUUAUGUGAAGCACUUCCAGGAGGUGGCACAGCUCAUCUCCCCGUUGACCACGGCCCCCAUGGCUGGCUGCCUGUCAUUUUAUUACCAGAUCCAGCAGGGAAAUGACAAUGUCUUUUCCCUUUACACUCGGGAUGUGGCUGGCCUUUACGAGGAAAUCUGGAAAGCAGAUAGGCCAGGGAAUGCUGCCUGGAAUCUUGCAGAGGUCGAGUUCAAUGCUCCUUACCCCAUGGAGGUUAUUUUUGAAGUUGCUUUCAAUGGUCCCAAAGGAGGCUAUGUUGCCCUGGAUGAUAUUUCGUUCUCUCCUGUUCACUGCCAGAAUCAGACAGAACUUCUGUUCAGUGCCGUGGAAGCCAGCUGCAAUUUUGAGCAAGAUCUCUGCAACUUUUACCAAGAUAAAGAAGGUCCAGGUUGGACCCGAGUGAAAGUAAAACCAAACAUGUAUCGGGCUGGAGACCACACUACAGGCUUAGGGUAUUACCUGCUAGCCAACACGAAGUUCACAUCUCAGCCUGGCUACAUUGGAAGGCUCUAUGGGCCCUCCCUACCAGGAAACCUGCAGUAUUGUCUGCGUUUUCAUUAUGCCAUCUAUGGAUUUUUAAAAAUGAGUGACACCCUAGCCGUUUACAUCUUUGAAGAGAACCAUGUGGUUCAAGAGAAGAUCUGGUCUGUGUUGGAGUCCCCAAGGGGUGUUUGGAUGCAAGCUGAAAUCACCUUUAAGAAGCCCAUGCCUACCAAGGUGGUUUUCAUCAGCCUAUGCAAGAGUUUCUGGGACUGUGGGCUUGUAGCCCUGGAUGACAUUACAGUACAAUUGGGAAGCUGCUCAUCUUCAGAGAAACUUCCACCACCACCUGGAGAGUGUACUUUCGAGCAAGAUGAAUGUACAUUUACUCAGGAGAAAAGAAACCGGAGCAGCUGGCACAGGAGGAGGGGAGAAACUCCCACUUCCUACACAGGACCAAAGGGAGAUCACACUACUGGGGUAGGCUACUAUUUUUUUUUUGAGGCCUCCCACAUGGUGUAUGGACAAAAAGCACGCCUCUUGUCCAGGCCUCUGCGAGGAGUCUCUGGAAAACACUGCUUGACCUUUUUUUUUUACAUGUAUGGAGGGGGAACUGGCCUGCUGAGUGUUUAUCUGAAAAAGGAAGAAGACAGUGAAGAGUCUCUCUUAUGGAGGAGAAGAGGUGAACAGAGCAUUUCCUGGCUACGAGCACUGAUUGAAUACAGCUGUGAGAGGCAACACCGGAUUAUUUUUGAAGCCAUUCGAGGAGUAUCGAUAAGAAGUGAUAUCGCCAUUGAUGACGUUAAAUUUCAGGCAGGACCCUGUGGAGAAAUGGAAGAUACAACUCAACAAUCAUCAGGACAUUCUGAGGACUUAAAUGAAAUUGAGUAUUAAGAAAUGAUCUGAAUUGGAUUAACUAGACGAAAAUCAUACCUCUUCAAUCAAAAUGAAAACAAAGCAAAUGAAUACUGGACAGUCUUAACAAUUUUAUAAGUUAUAAAAUGACUUUAGAGCACCCUCCUUCAUUACUUUUGCAAAAACAUACUGACUCAGGGCUUUUUCUUUUUGCAUAUGACAACUGUUACUAGAAAUACAGGCUACUGGUUUUGCAUAGAUCAUUCAUCUUAAUUUUGGUACCAGUUAAAAAUACAAAUGUACUAUAUUGUAGUCAUUUUAAAGUACACAAAGGGCACAAUCAAAAUGAGAUGCGCUCAUUUAAAUCUGCAUUCAGUGAAUGUAUUGGGAGAAAAAUAGGUCUUGCGGGUUUCCUUUUGAAUUUUAAGUAUCGUAAAUAUUUUUAAAGUAAAUAAUAUGGGGUGUCAGUAAUAUCUGCAGAAUGAAUGCAGUCUUUCAUGCUAAUGAGUUAGUCUGGAAAAAUAAAGUCUUCUUUUCUAUGUUUUAUUCAUAGAAAUGGAGUAUUAAUUUUUAAUAUUUUCACCAUAUGUGAUAACAAAGGAUUUUUCAUGAAUGUCCAAAGGUAAGUCAGUAUUAAUUAAUGAUGUAUUACAAGGCAAUGCUACCUUCUUUAUUCCCCCUUUGAACUACCUUUGAAGUCACUAUGCGCACAUGGAUAGAAAUUGAACUUUUUGUAAAACAAGCUUAAAAUGUUUAUGUAUACAUACCCAGCAAUUUUUAUAAAUGUGUUAAACAAUUUUACUGAUUUUUAUAACAAAUGUUUUGGUAAGAUUUUGAAUACUACACAUUCAGGCAGAUAUACUAAACUGCUUUUUAUUUACUUAUUUAGAAAAUUGUAUAUAUAUGUUUGUGUAUCCUAACAGCUAUUAUGAAAUUAUAAAAUUACCUAAUAAAAAUAAUUUGAAAAUCUUUUCACUA